GUUGUAGUUGGAGGAGCAAAGUAGAAAAUAAUAAAAAGCAAGCAAUCCCUAUUAGGCCCUCCUCGGAGAAACAUUACCUUUGUCCUCUGUCGGCUCCGACUUGUCAUCAAACUCUACUCUGAAACCCUAAUUUAUACUCCCAACAUACAAACGAAGAAGAAUCACAUCCAAUUGUUUUAAAGUCUUUCAAUUGAUUGCAGUUAGCCCCAAGAUUUUGCAGAUUUUUCAGCCAUGGACGCUCAGAGAGCUUUGUUGGAUGAACUGAUGGGCUCAGCUCGGAAUUUAACUGAAGACGAGAGGAGAGGGUUCAAGGAAGUGAAAUGGGAUGACAAGGAGGUCUGUGCAUACUAUAUGGUUCGAUUUUGCCCCCACGAUCUGUUCGUGAAUACUCGUAGUGAUUUGGGACCCUGCUCGAAAAUUCAUGAAGCAAAGUUGAAGGAAAGUUUUGAGAAAUCUCCAAGACAUGAUUCUCAUGUUCCCAAGUUUGAAGCAGAACUAGCCCAUUUUUGUGAGAAAUUGGUGAUGGACUUGGAUAAGAAAGUGAGGCGUGGUCGAGAACGCCUUGCUCAGGAGGUUGAAGUUCCUCCACCUCCUCCAAUAUCAGCAGAAAAAUCUGAGCAGCUAUCUGUCUUGGAGGAGAAGAUUAAGAACUUGCUAGAACAAGUGGAGUCUCUUGGUGAAGCUGGGAAAGUUGAUGAAGCUGAAGCUCUCAUGAGAAAGGUGGAAAUGCUUAACGUUGAAAAGACUGCCUUGACUCAGCAAUCCCUGCAAAACAGUGCACUAAUGAUUGCACCAGAGAAAAAGAUGGCUCUGUGCGAGACAUGUGGUUCCUUUCUUGUCGCAAAUGAUGCUGCAGAGAGAACUCAGUCUCACGUCACUGGUAAGCAGCAUGUUGGCUAUGGGAUGGUUCGAGAUUUCUUAUCCGAGUUCAAGGCUGCUAAAGAGAAGGCUAGGGAAGAGGAAAGGUUAGCCAGGGAGAAAGAAGCAGAAGAAAGGAAAAAGCUGAGGGAGAAAGAACAUGAUAGCAGACGACGAAGAAGUGACUCAUCUGACAGGGACAAGCACAAAGAUCGAGAUCAUGACAGGGAACAGGAUCGUUACCGGGGAAGAGAUCGUGACCCUGACAGGUCCCUUGACAGAAAUGGCAGAGGAGGGCGUGAUUUUGAUAGGGGAUCAGGUUGGAAACAUGGGACUUCCAGAAAUGGGAGAAACAGAAGCAGGGAGAGAUACCGGGAACGUAUUAGAAGCCGGUCACGGUCUCCUAUUAGACAUGGUUCCAAGAGGUCCAGGAGUCCAGUUCACAAGUACUAGAGGAUUAUAAAACGUAGAUGUCUGAACUUUGAAAUUUGAAGAGGUAGACUUUUUUAUAACUCACCAAAUUCAUGAAUGUAUGUGUUGGAGUCCGAAGUGCCAUUGUCAUCAUGUGAAAAUGUUUUUUUGAGACUAUAUCAUCUCUCUAUCUUCACUA